ACCACUUAAUCCUUUUCUUUGAUUAUGUUAUUACAUGUACACUCUUCUUCUUUUCUUUAACCCUUUGGUCCCCUCUAUUCAACCUAACAGAUUAACAUUAACUCGCCGGAAUAUCUUUCUCCGGUCACAGUUUCAGCCACCCAACUUGUUUAUUUAAACAUCUGAAGCCUGCCCUUUUUUCCUUUUUCCAAAUAUAUUUUAAAGGUUUGAUUUUUAUUCAACUAGUAGCUGCUGCUGUAAGUUUUAUCUGUACCCUUUAUUAGUUUUAGGGUUUUGCUUUACCUUUUGUUUCAUUUGCACGGUAAACAAGGCAGUCUUCAACUUGAAGUUUUGAAUUUUGCAUACAGUAAAAAAGAAGUUUACUUUAUUGGUAAAUAUCGGGUAUAUGAGUGGUGGGGAGUAUUGUCAGAAUUUUAGUCUUUUGUGUUUGCUUAUUUGAGAAGCUAGUUGCCAAAUUGAGAUUGUAAGUAUUGUUUUGACUUUUAUGCAAAUUGGGAAACCUUGUAUUGUUUUGUUGAAUAAUUCAAGUGGGGUUGGAUUAGUAUUGUUUUCUGAUUCAAAGAUGAGGCAUUUGGGGUUGAUUUGAAGAGGGGAACAUGAAUUGUAUUGAGAAGAAGAAUAUAGGAACAGGUAGUAGAGGAGAAGAGGGGGAUAGUGAUUCGAGGAAGUCCGGUGAACAACACAGCUCUAAAUCCAAUGGAUCCAUCAUGGGAUCAUGUUCGGUUAUUGAUGAGAGAGUGUUGGUUGACCCUAAAUUGUUGUUUAUAGGGUCAAAAAUUGGGCAGGGAGCUCAUGGAAAAGUUUAUGAAGGAAGGUAUGGAGAUCAAAUUGUUGCGAUCAAAGUUCUCAACCGGGGUAGCAACCCAGAAGAGAAAGAUGCGCUUGAAAGUCGUUUUGCUAGGGAAGUUAAUAUGAUGUCAAGAGUAAAACAUGACAAUCUUGUAAAGUUCAUUGGAGCUUGUAAGGAUCCUUUAAUGGUGAUAGUAACAGAGCUCCUACCAGGAAUGUCACUCCGGAAGUAUUUGCUCAGCAUUCGUCCAAAUCAGCUUGAUCUUCAUAUGGCUUUGAGUUUCUCUGUUGACAUUGCUAGAGCCUUAGAUUGUCUACAUGCUAAUGGAAUCAUACACAGAGAUCUAAAACCAGAUAAUUUGUUGCUUACGGCCAAUCAGAAAUCAGUAAAGCUUGCAGAUUUUGGUCUGGCGAGGGAAGAAACUGUGACAGAGAUGAUGACGGCAGAAACUGGGACCUAUCGUUGGAUGGCGCCAGAGUUGUACAGCACUGUGACAUUGCGUCAGGGGGAAAAGAAGCAUUACAAUAACAAAGUUGAUGUAUACAGUUUUGGUAUUGUCUUGUGGGAGCUACUGACUAACCGCAUGCCAUUUGAAGGCAUGUCCAAUUUACAAGCUGCCUAUGCUGCUGCAUUUAAGCAAGAGAGGCCCAGUCUUCCAGAGGAUAUAUCCCCUGAACUUGCAUUCAUUGUGCAGUCUUGUUGGGUUGAGGACCCGAAUAUGCGACCUAGCUUCAACCAGAUUAUUCGCAUGCUCAAUGCGUUCCUCUUCACACUGCCUCCACCCUCGCCAUCACUGUUAGAACCUGACACUGUCGAGUCAGCAGAGACAACAAGUAACGGUACUGUAAGUGCGUUGUCUGCACGCAGUAGGGGGAAAUUCGCUUUUCUUCGGCAACUCUUUGCUGCAAAAAAGACUAGGAGCCCACAGAUGAGCGGGUAAUUUCGAAAAGCUCCUUUCUGUUACUAGCCAUAUGGGCCUCUGGAUUAGAGGAUGUAUAUUUUAGGAGCUUGUUGUGAUUACAACCUGAAUUCUGAUGAUUAGCAAACUGUGGAGGUUCUUGAAUGGAAACUGUGCUAAUGGAGACACUGAUUUAGCAAAUAAAUAGGGUAUAGCAAUACCGUCUUACAUAACCUUAUUAGAAAGAAGGCACAUCUCGCUGUCAUAGCAAUGUUUUCUCCCCUUUAUUCUGAAAGUGUCUAAUAGCAUUGCGAUUUACCUUAUGUGAUUUAGUUCAUAAAUAUUAGUUCAGUUCAGUUGGCAUAGAAGCCUGAAAGCUUCCACAUUGCUAUGAACAAAGAAGAAGAUGCAUUUAACCAAUCCAGUUGACACAAAGAUCCAGAAUUAGCUGAUUUGUGUUGAACUCGAAAGAGUUUCUGACCACAGUGCUGAAACCAUCCAGCGGCAACCCAUGUUCACUGUAUCGAAUUUGAAGUCGCCUGUUGGAAAAAUCUCAGGAAACUUCAGCAUGUCAAAAUAUGCCAUAUGAGACAAUGCUUAUCUACAAAUAUCCUAAAUAUUUUUUCGUUUUACUUGCACUUUACUGCUUCCUAAUGUACAUAUGUAUAGACAGUGAAAGGGUAAGAAUCGUUCUAUAUGCGCAAUUUUCUCUGGUGCC